AUGGCAUUGGCUUGGACUACUUGCUUUGGCCUUCUUACACUGAUUUUCGCUCAACAAGUUCAUGCAAACAGCAUAGGUAUUUGUUACGGAAUGACAGGUGAUAAUCUUCCAUCUCCUCCUGAUGUUGUGGCCCUCUACAAGAAGUAUUUCAUAGAAAAAAUCAGAAUUUACAGCCCUAACCCUGAGGUCCAAAACGCCCUCCAGUUGCAAGACCUCAAAGUCGCCGUCGGUGUCAGAAACGAAGACAUACCCAACAUCGCAGCUAACCAAACAGCGGCAGACAAGUGGGUGAGUACAAAUAUUUCGCCUUACAAUGAUUCAGGAAUCCAGUAUGUCGUGGUUGGCAACGAGGUCAUAGGGAGCAACUUGGGAAAGUACGUAGCUCCAGCGAUGGCGAACCUUCGCAACUCAUUGAACUCUGUGAAACUAGUAGCUAUUAGGGUGACGACGUCAGUCUACACUGGUGUCCUUAGCAUGUCAAGUCCACCAUCUCAGGGCACAUUCUCUCCUAGUGUAGUUGAUGACAUGACAGCCAUUGUGUCGUUCUUGAACAAUCUGCCACCAGAGAACCCGCAACAUGUGAUAAUGGUCAAUGUUCACCCUUACUUUGCUUACGCCGCAGAUCCAGAACACAUCUCUCUCGAAUAUGCACUGUUCACAGCAACAAGUCCGGUCGUAAGAGAUGGGAACUUGGAUUACUAUAAUCUUUUCGACGCCAUGGUUGAUGCUUUUUAUGCUGCUUUGGAGAAGAUAGGAGGAGCUAGUAUAGAGGUUGUGGUGUCGGAGACUGGCUGGCCAUCAGCGGGCAAUGGGAACUUUACAACAAUUGAGCUUGCAAAGACGUAUAACAAGAACUUUAUGAACCAUAUUGCAAGUAGUGGGACCCCCAAAAGACCAAACAUUAGUACCGUUGGAUUCAUAUAUGAAAUGUUCAAUGAAGACCAAAAGCCUGCAGGAGUGGAGCAGAACUUCGGAUUGUUCUAUCCAAGCGGACAACCCGUCUACAAUAUAUUUUGA